GAAAUCACAGAGCAGCAUCAGUCACCGGAGAACCAGAACAAGAGACAAACCCAGAGAAUCAAGACACGACCGAUCGAGAAUCUGAAAGUACAUUCCAACCUACCAACAGUCGAUCCACCCAACGAGUUCGACCCAGAUCUGCCUCUGAGCCACGCGCGCAGCAGACUCUCUCAAUCGCGGGGAACGAAAUGGCAGGCCGUGGACGUGGCAGAGGUGGUGCUGGUGCUGGUGCUGGUGCUGGCCAGCUGAAAGGAGCAACAUGGGAAUACGAUGCAUCAAUCCAACUGGAGUCAAAGCCUGCCGAUCUCUUUCCUAAACACCCAAACCUGCGCAAACCUGCCCCCAUCACGACAAAGGAGAGACGAGAGAUUGACAACUUCAAGAAGCUGCAGGACCAGAUCCACCGUGGCCCCCUCUAUACCCAACCAACCAAGCGUGACCCUAAUGCACCUGCGAAGACCUUUGGGGAGGAGCAAUUCAAUAAGCAGUUCGGUACAAAUAGCAAGGCCAAUAUGGAUCCUUUCCAUGGCGUCGAGACAUACUCUAUGCGUUACGCACCCAAGCAAAGAACUCUCCCAAAGCUGUCGGAUCAACCAUUCAACAAAACCCUCUUCCCUGAAGAACUAUGGUCUACACUUGAAGGUGAAGAAGGUCAAGAAGUGCGAAAUCAUCUCAAUCGGGCCAUGGAGAGGAAGGAAGCUAUGCUUGCUAGUAUGAAAGCUGCCGAGAAUGGUGCCGGUAGUGGUGCGGGUAAUGGAGCCGAUAAUGGAGCCGAUAAAGGUGCUGGUGCCGAUGCCUCAGCCAAGACCAAAAUCCUUCUAGAGAAGAUUCACAAGGUGGCCGGAGAUGAGGAUAACGAAGAACUGGAAGAGGAGCAGGAUGCUGAAGAUGUCGACGAUGCGUACGAAGACGAAGAUCUCGGCGAGGACUACAAUGCAGAGGGAUACUUUGAUGAUGGAGAAGAUGACCAAGAGGAUGAAGCUGAUGGUGGGGAUGAGAAUUACUAGUUGCCUGAUCAGUAUCUAUGGUCUUGAGUGUUUGAUUUAGCAAGGCGUUGGGGAUGAUACCCUUCUGUGUUUGGGCUAUGAUAUGCAAGAACGAAGUGGUAUGUGUCGAUAUUAGAGGUGGAGCCUGGUGGUGGCUGUGUUUGUGAUAGCUGUGUUUAUGUCUGUACAGAGAUUAUGUAGAGUAUCGUAGAGUC